CAUCUAUCGCUGGCCCAACCCUUCUCCCCCACCAAACCUCCCCUUCCUUCCUCCACCUCCUUUCGCCGCCGCCGCCCCUACCCAGGACCGACCGGCGCCACCUCUCUCCGCCCCCAUCUGCAUGUUACUCCUCCCACCUUCCUCCCGCGGUCGCCAGGAGCCGGCGCACUUCCGCCACGAACCCCCUGCCUCCCUCCACUGCGACGGGAACUACCCCCACCGCGCCCAACCUUCAUCCAACGCCACCGGCAGCCACGACCGCCUCCGCACGCCCCACGCCCCGGCAUCCCCUCCUCCUUCUGCCACCAUGCCCACCACCGCCGCCCCACUCCGGUCACAAUGCGCCGCACCAUCGUGCCUCCACGGUGCUUCGGUCGCGACCCACGCUGUAGGAUCCGGUGACCCCGGCCACGGAUCCAUGCAUCCCGUGCCGGAUUCAAGCUCUUCUCAUCCACUGCCCCGCCCCAUCUCUGAAAAAGAUAGGUGAUGCAGUCCGUCGGUCCCCUACCACGGCAAACUUGGUCGACGGACGGGAUCCUACUCCUGGUGUUUUGCAUGUGAACAUUCUCAUGCCCGCCUGAAGUGCACUGCUGCUUAGCGCUUGUGGAUUAUCGGCAGCUGCUGUGCAGUACGCAUCAACAAUAGCCGUAGCAAAACCAUAUCAACAAUAGCCGUAGCAAAACCAUUCCACUAUCCUCCCUUGGGGAAAUUUUGGGUGUUGUUGAUGCAGUGCAACGCGCCUAUUUGUGCUGUUCGGCUCUAUUUUUUUGGAUGUAAUUAUUUUCCAAUUAUUUCGUGCGUACUUGUGCGGUUUAGAUUGUUCUUAAAAACCGGGUACACAGCAUGUUUUCGUGCUCACGUUGUUCAUAUGUUCAUGUCCACA